CCCCCUCCCACCCCACAGAGUGGACUAAAGUUUCAGUUUACUUCUAACACUUGUGCUGUCAGUCAUUCUAGGAGAGGGACUGGGUGACACAGUCAGCCACUAACACAGACCCUCAUCAAGUCCCGGAGAGACCCUCGUCCAGCCAGGAUGGAGAUCAGAAUAUCACUCACCAUGUGCUUCCUGGUGCCCUUAUUGUGCCAGGUAAGGAGACCAAAUUAAUUGGCAGUCUCUCAUGCCAGCUUUAACUCUCACUUUUUAUUGACUUCUUCCUGUAUUCUUUAGCAUCAGUGUAAAUCUGACUGUCUGCUUUAAGUUGCAAUAUGAUGAACACUGUAUAGGAGGGACAUUUCUAUGUUCAUCUUCUUUUAAAGUAAAGUGUUUUACGAAUAAUAUAUAUAAAUAUUUCUAUAGCCAACAUAUAACAUGUUUCUUGUCAGCAUCCGAUAGAAUUGACUGUAAAUGCCUUUUCUCUGAAACUUUCAAAUUCCCAGGGUGAACUAAAAUUCCAUAAUAAUAGCCGUGUCCUGGGUCCAAGUUCUGUCCAAGUAAGAUGGAGAAUUGACUAGAUCAUUAAAGAAAGGACAAUUGGGAGGGGAAGCAAUUUCAGCAUAGUCUAUUAAUUUCUCUAUUUCUUAAUUUUCCAAAUGAAAAAGUUCAGUUAAUAUAACCUAAUGUGAAGGAACAUGGGGGGGGGUGCGGUUGGAUGGGGCAGAGGGGAAAGGGCUUAUGGUUAGUUUAAUUAAAGUAUAUCAUUUUUUAUUUACUAUAGAUAAGACCCAAUUGGUUUAUACAGAUUGUCAAUUCCUUAUGUAAAUGACCUUAAUGGUAAUGCUCUUUUUUGCUGUUAAAAAUAGCUGUCGGUCUCUCCCAGAAAUUCUUGAACACCCCCAUAUUUUUAGCUCUCCCACCACCUCUACUGGAAAGCUAUUCCUUGCAUGCACUGCAAUUUGGCCAUUAGACACUCCUUGUUUCUGCACCAACUUUUCCCACGCUCUAGAUUAAGAGCGUAGCUAUUCAAGUUAUCCUCUGCCAGCAGAAAAUAUUUGGUUUAAUGCCUUGGUAUGUUUAUUUUCUUGUGAAGAUAAUUUCUCGUGAAAUGGGUGAAUUAUUCUUAGAAGUGUCCUAAUGCUUAUUGAAUGUACCCUACCCACAUUCCAUCUCUUAAACUGCAUGGAGUCAGGGUUGUUCUCCAAAUCAAACUUAACUUAAGGGAAAAUUUUAGACCAAACUAACCAAACUGAAAAAUAACAAUGCUGUUGGAGAAUUUUUCUAAUUUGCCUGAUUUUGCUUAGAAUUUAAAAAUGUUUGGUCCGUUCCCAGUUUGUUACCUGUUUUCAGUACAAGCACAUAAUAGUGCAUGCUGAGUAUUCCUGUAUCUCACUGUGAUGUAUUUAGAUAUAUAAUUUAAAACCAAAGGGAAAACACAGGACAAUGAGAGUCUAGUGCCAAGUCGUGACUUUCCUGCGUGAAUCGGGCCACUUGAUAGGUGCGCUACAUGAUCAUUAGGUCAAUUUCCCAUGUUGGAUCACUGAUAUAUCUUACUACCUCUGCUGGGAGACUAUUACAUGCAUCCACCACUCUUCCCAAAAAACAUUCGCUUUGAAUCUGAAAAUUUCACAAAGAGGAACUUCCUGUAUUUUGUUGCGGAAGAAACACAUGUACUACUCUGCUUGUGUUAAUGUUAGUAACCCUUUGUAUGCUAUGUGAAAUGUAAUCUAUUGCAAGACGAUUACAUGUUUACAAGGUAUCGGUACUGGUGGUUAAGCAGAGGCUUUUUUGGAUGUGUUUUUUUCUUCAAUUAUUUAGUGAUGGUUGGAUCUUAGCAGCUGCUGUGUGCAUUAACCAUCCCUUGUACCUCGUAUAAAGUAUCCAUUUCACAGCAGAUUGGGGAUGGGGAACUUGUUUCUCUAUAACCGCUAGUUGGCUGAGUUUGAAAGUCUUCUAUUUUACUCUACAACAGAUAGAGGGUCACGGUUGCUGGGUUCUGGUUCUUCGUCCUUAAAAAGCCAGUUAGCAUAGUUUAUAUUAAUAGAAUCACGGUCAGAAUGAAAUGGCAAAUUGUGAAAUAAUUACAGCAAUUACCAACCCUACUGGCUACAGUACAUUUGAAAGGCUGCCAGUGCGGAUGGUGCUGUUAAUGAUACAGCACUCUGAUGUGUCUGGCGUCAUUACAGGUCACUCAAAUGACCCAUCACUUCCCAAACUGUCACAGGUUCAUUCGCUAAAGUGAAAAUUGACGGGAAUUGAAAGUGAAUUUCAAACUGAAGGCCAAAUAGCCAAACUUAAAACAGAACCUGACUUGAAUAACUUUGAAAUUCACAUUGAACAUGUGUCAAUUCUCACAUUAGCAAACAACCCUGUAAAUGUUAUCUGUGAAGCUUUAAUGGGUACCCUGAUAAGCAUUAGUUGAGAGGAUGUCUCUUGCGAGCUCUGGGGGUUGUAAGGUAGAAUCUCAAGCAAUCUGUCAGCCAACCUACUGCACUAGAACUCUGUGACUGUUUUUAGUCUGCCUUUACAGAAUGUUGUAUGGCUGGAAUAGUACAUGCUGUUGUAUUUUAUGUAGUUGAGGUUCAGUCUGCAUGGUAGCAGGCUAAUCACAGAGAUGAUCAUUUACAACGAUGGCCUUAAAUACCAAACUUUGCCCAUAAACAAGGUUACGACCAAUGCAAAACACAAAAUAACUCUUAAGUAGCCAGGCAACAAAUGUAAAAAAGCAAAGUAUGUGUAAAAGCAAUUAAAAACUCAGUGAUCAACAACUGCUUAACCGCAGGGCAUAGAGCUGCCUGCCAAUAGCUAUGGAUUCUGGGUAAUUACGUGCGCGUCACGCUCUGACUUACAAGUGAUGGAACUUGGAUCUUUUCUGAGAUUGCGCUUGUGUGAUUUGACAAUUUAACGGGAAUUCAAAGCAAAUUUGACAUUUUAGGACAAAACAGCUGAACUUAAGACAAACCUGACUUGGACUAGUUUUCCAGCUCAGUUACUCUUGCCUAAGAUUUGAAAAAAAAUUUCUACUUUGAAUUAUUAAAUAUUUAAGGUAAAAUGAAAUAAAAAAAUUAUAUAUAUAUAUAUAUAUAUAUAUAUAUAUACAUAUAUUUCAUAUCAUUAGCCCUGUUGUAGCACUAUGUAAAUCAUAUUAAGGUUCAAAUUAAAGCUGAAUGCCAACUUUGAAUUUAACAUACUAAUUGGAUAUAAGCCAAUUCAUUAUUAUUUUCACCAUUUAUGCAGCACUUGAUUCAUACAGUGCUUAACAGAACACUAUAGUGUCAGUGAUACAAACAUGUAUUCCUGACACUAAGUGAAAGAAUAUCUGUUUAGGUCCCCGGCCCCCCUUCUAUGUAGAGAUAAAAAGGUUUAAAACUUACCCUUUCUCCCUCGCAUCAGUUUUGAUGCAAAUGGCCUUGCUUGGUCACACCUCCAUGGUUGAGAUCAUCAGUCAGGAUGAUCUCAGCCAAUACAAUGCUUUCCCAUAGAGAAGCUUUGGGAGUCUACUGCGCAUUUGCGCCAAAAAAGAUGCACUGCGCCAACCAGCAUCUCCUCAUAGAGUUGCGUUGAAUCAAUGCAUCUCUAUGGCGAAUGCUCAGCGCUUCCAUGCAGGACGUUGAGACGCUCAAUGUAGAUGCUAAGGUAGGAAGCUCCUCCAGUGGCAGCUAGAAGUGUUACUAGCCAGCUUUUUAAAGUGCUCAGCUUACAUGCUAUAGACACUAGAACUACGACAUUAAGCUGUAGUGGUUCUAGUAAUUAUAGAGUCCCUUUAAAGGGACAAGCUAAAUGUGACCAUUGAAGAUUAACUGACACAUAUUUACAACAUAGUAACCCUGGCUACGGCAUUACAAUCAAGGGGCAGGAGAUGGGUAGAGCACAGAGUAAUAGUGGUGGUAAUUAGAAAAGUGAAGUCAAUGCGUGAUGGUAUCUAUAGAGAAUUAGGCUAAGUUUUUGCUGAAUUAAUUGCUGUCUUCUUUGUUGGUGUCAGUUUAUAAGGAACCUCUUGAAGAGUGAGAUGGAAGCAGACAGCUGGAUUUUCCUAAAUUCCAAAGAUAAAGGGGCUCGAAUAUAGUCUUGAAACCAUUAGAGACAUGCGAUAAGGGAGGAGAGGAGCCACCGGCCAUGGGAAUAACGUAAAGGCCACACUGGGGAGUAUUUUGUGAUAACGGCAGAGAUGGAGGUUUAGAGUGCUGUGUAUGUUGGGGUCGGAAUGUUAAGUUUGAUCUUUAACUCCUUAAGGACCAAACUUCUGGAAUAAAAGGGAAUCAAUGUCCUUAAGGGGUUAAAGGGAUAGAAUGCUAGGGAGGAGGUAGAAGAUGAGUAAGGAAGGAUACAGUUAAGGCUGUUAGGACUAUUUUGGAUAGAUUAUAUUUUGAGAGAUUCAUUUAGAGAAAUGCCAAACAGCAUAGUGUUGUAGUAGUGAAGAUGGGAGAGAAGAGAAUAUAGGGCUUGUGUGGUUUCUGAUGUGACGAAUGGGCAGAUUUAGGCAAGGUGACAUGGUCUGAUCACAGAUUGGGUAAAUGGGAUCAAACAGAGGGUAGAGUUGACUCCAAGGGAUCGAACCUGGUCAGUUCAGGAAUGAGACAUGUUCUCAAUAAUGUGCUGAGUCUCAAAGGGAGGAUAGUUCAUUACAGCUGGAUUAUCAGUGGUUAGACACAGCUAGACCCAUCAUGAACAUGGAAUUCAUGUUAGGACCUUGCAAGAUACAAAAAUGAAAUAUUAUUAAUCAGCCAAGCCUUUACUAUGUGAAUCACAUUUAUCUCCGGCAUUUAAAAAGUAAAUCCAUUGCCCAAGUGAGGCGUGAGGCCCGUGCUGCACUGCCAUACUUUUAUGAUUGUUGAAAGAGACUCCUUGACAGAUAUGGUUGCUAGAUAGAAUUGCAUUUGGAGGUUGAUGCAUGUUCAUCUGCAUCUUACUCUUUUGAAGAUUGAAUGGGAUGCUUUGCCCAAGUGGUUUUGCUCUGCUUGAAUGAGGUACCACUCGUAGGUGUAUUAUGUAUGAGUCCGUUGUCAGUCAUGGAUGGCUAGCAGACAUUAGUGACCACGUCUAUAGAACGAGGGGCACGUUAAACCUGGAGUGUGGGAAGGAUGUAAUGUACUAACUUUUUCUUAAAAGUGUAUGCAGCUGGACUGACCACGUAAGCACAAGCGUUUAAAAUUCCGCUUUAAAACAAGUGUUGAUUGAAGUAUUGGGAGCCAUGGUUAAGGAUAUUAAUAGAUAUUCAUUUUUAAUUAAAACCUGAAUUACAAAAUUUAGACAUAGAUAACAAACUUGUGAAUAUAUUUGAGAUGGAGACUGUUAUAGCAUGCAGAUUAAAUGUCCCUACAAUUUGGAAUUCAUAGAAUAUUCCUAUUUGCAUGCUUCUGUAACGGGUUGUUUUUGUGUGCCUUUUUUUAAAACCCUCCGCCAACAUAGCCGGUUUCUAUAUAUAUUAUAGUAGAGUCAAACAAGUCUCAUAACUUUAUCAUGCAUGUGCAUUAUGUGUGAAAACCAUGUAUCAAGGCAUUACUGUCUCUUUAAACAUUUUCAUUAUACAUUAUUUUACUAUUCCUAAUCCUUGGACUCGCCCUCUACCCCUUGUGGUCACACAUGCUACUACUGCCCUUCUGAUCUCUAGAAUAACAGCUGAACCCACACUAUAGUUAUAUGGAGCACAAGGAUGUUUAAUGAUGCAGAUCUUGUCUGUCCCCAAUGCAGCUAGCGCAGUGUCAGCUUAAUCUGCUCAUCCAGUCUGUGUCAGGACCUAAGUGGAGAUCAGCUAAAAAAUUCCCUUCAAACCACAUAUCUAGUAGAUAAUGGACAUUCAAGGAAACAGCCCCAGAAUGUGCCAACUGGCCUGGGUUUACCAGAGAGUCACUAGAUGUCACACACUGUGUGCUGAGGAAUGCGUGACAGGCAUGUAAUGCGAAGAAUGUUAGGUUUGUGACUCAGCAAGGACCAAAUGUGUCUCAAUUUAGACAUGGGUCAGAUUGAUGCAUACUGCUUGAUAUCUGGGGCUAGCAGGAGGGGUGCAAGGGGGGAGGAUGGUGGGGGUUUAUAGAGUUGAUAAUAUCUUUCCAUCAUUUCCCAUUGUACAGCGCUAUGGAAUUUGCUGGCGCUAUAUAAAUAAUAAAAUAAUAAUUCAAAAUCUCAUAUUAUGUAGUCAUAACUCGGCUUCCAGAACUCACACAGGUAUCUUCAUUAGAAAUGUUAUUAUGAUUUUGGGCAUUUAUAUAGUGCCAACAUAUUCCGCAGCGUUUUAAAAUCUUCCAAAAGGGUGACAUUUAACAAUAAAGGAGAUAAAUACAAAAUGUUACAGGAACAAUAGAUAAGAAAAGAAUUAUAAAUCAUAAAUAAAAUCAAUUAAUACUCAUUGUACAAAGAGAGCCUAUGCAGUGAGGUGUUUUAUACAAUAGGUGUCUAUCUGCUAAUUAGUGCUGUGUGAGAGAUUCUCCUGUGUAUGUUAAUGGAUAAACCAGGAGUAUUGAAAUACCACAUGUACAUUUAUUACUUAACUACGUCUCCCAUGAACAUUUGAUAGCAAAAAACAUAGAACCAAGUUGUCAAAAGGUUUAUGGGAGCUGUAGUUCACGAACAGCUGGAGGCCUUUUAUAUAUAUCCCCCCCUCUAUGAACACUAGUAAGCAGAUAGGAAGUCAGGCACUGUUAGCGAAGAAUAACAUAAAUCUCCCCAGUAUCUCACUGUUUAGUGAAUUUCACCCACAGACUCGUGUUUAGUACAUUAUUAUUAUUUUAUUAUUUAUAUAGCGCCAUCAGAUUCCCUAGCGCUGUACAUAGACCUAAACAGUGUUAUGACACUUGACCUCUGACCCUUAAUAUGUUAAGGUCAAAAGGCAUUGCAUAGUUAAGAGCAAGAAUGACCAAAAGGUAAAUGCACGGGACAGCUGGGGAUCUACGUUUUAACCAUUCCCUGGUUUAAAAUAUAGGGGGAAGAAAAAGUAUCCAGUACCUUAAAUAAGAGUCCUAAUGGACACAUGCCCCUUUAUAUGGGAGAAAUAUUUCCCUCCUGCCUUUCUAAUGCACGCCCCACUGCCAUUGUCCCAAUAGAGUGAAUAUAUAGGGGUGGAUGACAGCUGGACAUUUUUGGAAUAGCCCAAAAUGACGUGGGCUGAGAACCACAUCCUCUACCACUCUCAUCCAUGGGUGAUGGGACACCACACCAGUACCCCGUCAUGCUCACUUAACUUCCUAAUAGAACUGCCAAGCUGAUAUGCUCACAUGCCCAUUUUAUGCAGUAACUGCCAAACCAAAAUGCCAUGAAGCAUUUGGACCAAAAUAAUAUAUUUAUGUAUAAUGUACGUAUUUUUAUAUUUUCUGGGGAUACUGGUAAAUGCCCUUUCAGAUGUAGGUAUGCAAGGAUGAUAAAGACCUUUUUUGGACCAAGGUACACUCUUUAAUGUGAGAAAAUAAAUUCCAGGGCAGACUGACUUUAUUUAACCUCCAUCAUUGGCCUAUAAAUGUUAUAGAGAGUUAUACAACUAAAGCAAUUUAUUUCCUAGAUGUAAUUAAUUGCCAGGGUGGAUUAUCAAUUUAGUGCAGAUACUUGUGAAAUAAAAUACACACUAAGGACUGCUUUCAACCUUUUAAAAUUCAUGAAGUCAGUGAGUUUGUGGAACACUUUGAGGGGACUUACGGCACAAUGGUAGACACCCAGUGCUAUAGAUUGUCAGUUCCGCAGACAAGGAGUUUCAGUUUAUACAUGUAGCCUGGGUAGCUCUGUUCAAUGUUGCUAAGCUGAGCACAUUCCCAGACAUUUGGACAUAACAUCAUGCACCGCGUAUGUUAGAAGUGAGGCUAUUCUGGACGCCUGCUUGGCACCAGCCCUGGGAAAAUUGCAUUUUAGCAGCUAAACACAUUUACAGCACCCACCCAUCUGUAUUUCCCCGUUAUCCGCUGCUGUGGAAGGGCAGAGAGAGAGAGAAAUGGUGGAGUCUUGUGAAUUGGUGAUCAGAUAUGUUCUCCGUAGGUUCCACACUGAGCGUGUGUGCUUAUUUAGCUCUCCUGCCGCUCCUCUCACACAUUAGCCCUCUGUCAAUCGCUACAUUGGCUCCAUGUACCUUUAGAAUUCAAUGCAAAGAUGCUCUACAAAGCUCUCAACCUACCACUAUAUUUCUGAAAUAAUCCAUAGUUAUCCCCCUUCUCGGCUGCUUCGCUAUGCUGGUGACUUCCUCCUGUUCGCUGAUCAUACCUGUACUGCUAACUUGAUUUCUUGUGAGCGGCUCAGUUCACCCAUCAGACUCUCUCCUACUCCUCAAUCCUUUAGAAGUCCCUAAAAAAAAUCACCUCAUCAGAAUAGCCUAUGGCUUCCAAGGUAACGGUCAUUACUCUCUCAAUUUAAUUAGUGAGUCAAUUCUCCAUUCCCUUCUCAACUUCCAAUUAUGCUACUUUUUCACCCCAUAACUUGGUUCCUAUCCCACCCCCACUGCCCUAACUAGUGUGAUAUUAUAUACCCCACCUCCUCUGGAGCUAGUUUGAGCAGGGUCCUCAUCAACCUAUUGUUCCUGUAACAUUUAAUAAUAGUCUGUAAACAUUCAUUGUUAAAGUCCCCUUAAUAAUAUUGUAAAGCGCUGUGUAAUAAGCGGGCGUUAUAUAAAUGCCAAUGAUAAUAAAUAUGUUUUUCGUUUUUAAUUUUUUGAAAACAAUUGCAGAACAAGUAAGGCUUGAUCAGUAAGUACAGCAGGAACCUCUGUAUGGAAAAUAAUUUGGUGAAAAACUGCUCCUAUUACCUUGAAAGAUCUACCUGUAAAGGCAGGAGUAUCCCUCUAUUCUCAACUCUACGGGCCAUAGAAUAAAAAAAUAAUUCUGUAAAGUCGUGGUAUUGCAUUGAUCUAGUGAUGAGUCUUAAAGGAACACUAUAUGUUAGGAGUACAAAACUGUAUUCCUAAUACUAAAGUGCCCCUCUGCAUCCGUGGCUCUCCUGGUCCCACAGCCUCCGACUUCAGCCAAUGGGGGUAACUAAUGCGCACGCCCAGCAAGCUCUGCACGUGUGUUAUACCUUCCCAUAAAAAAAAUUAUUUGAUUGGCUCAGUGCUGUCCUAUUGCGUUUUUUAACACGCUGGACGUGAAGUGUCAGGACGUCAAGUGUUGUUUCUCAGAGUUAAACUCUGUGAAACAGCAGGAAGCGCCUCUAGUGGCUGUCUGGUAGACAUUCACUAGAUACAGUCUUAACCCUGCUAUGUAAACAGUGCAGUUUAUUUGAAACUUCAGUGUUUAACAUUCUAGGGCUAGGGAUAUAAUUCCAAUUCUGGGGAUCCUACCUUCUUAGUUGUGUUAAUCUAUUUAUUAUUUGAUCUUUUGUAUCGCCCUCACGCUAAACCCUGGUAUGUAUCAUUCUUACAUUUUAGGGUUACACUGCCUCAUAUGGUAUGUCUGGGCAUAAUCUCUAACUAGACCUGGGUUGUCAAUCAGUUGUUGGAAUGCAUUUCCAGGUGGCCGGCAUUUGCAGUCCAACAAAAACUGGACGCCAGGGGUGGAGCGACAUCCGCCACAAUGUGUGUUUUGCAGACCUGAAAAAUAUUUAAAAGAAAAACUGUUUGAAAAAAAUGCCUGUUUUGAAAUGUUACUCAUUGUAUCAUGGUUGUAUGGAAUGUGUAGUUAUAUUUGUAAAUGUUACAUAUGUAAUUAUCCAAUAAUAUAGAACAAAUAAAGGGCAUUAUUUUAGAGUUUAAAAAGGAGCAAUCCAGGGCGUCUUGGAAAAAAACAAACAUAAACCAAAACAAAACACAUUGUUGUUCUGAAUAAAUAGAGCAUAGCCCCUGGUGGUUUUAGUGAGCAGAUCCUGAUCUCUAUUCCUGCCCUAUCCUCUGCUAUGACUCACCAAUUGAUUUACACAUUUCCUUAAAGGGACACUAUGUGUUGUUAGACUUCUUUAAUUGUGACUGAUCAAUCAUGUAACCUGCAUUGAUUUAUUUUUAUAUAAAGUCAAUGGACGGGACACAAAUCUGGUCUGCUAUAUAGAUUUUUUUAAAUUUUUUUUUUUUAUAGAUAUAUUUAAACACCAGCAGCUGUUGGCUACAUUGCCCAGGGCAUACAGUGAUGCUGGCAACACAUUCCCCCAGUUUGAUCAGCUGUCAGGUGGCGGUGAAUGUGGUCAGAGUGAAAUGGUGUGCAUCUAUCUACAAAGACAUGUGUGCAGCGCUUUGACAGCAUUUAUUUCUAUUAAAAUAAAUGAAAUAGAAAUUUAUUGGCACUUCGAGUCACCUGUAGUCAAGCAGGAAUUGAAGUUAUCAAACCUCUGACACCUUACAGAGAGCUUGUCAGGCCUCUACAUUGCAUCAUGGGAAAUGUAGUCCACAAUGACGGAUAAUUAACCCUCCAUUACUGUAUGGGUUUGUCAAAGUAAGACAGAAACCCUUUACCGUGACUGUAGAGUUUUCUGGGCGCUAUACAAACAUGAUGACAAUGAAUGUGUGUAAGAAGAUAUUGCAAGCUUGCCACCUCUUGUCUAAGUCAAAUGUGCCCUUGAUUAAUAUCCAUGUCUGUGACAAUUGUACAACUCCACAGAAUAUGUUGGUGCUUUCUAAAUGAUAAUACUUUUUUAUACCAUGUUUUUGUAGCCAAUAUAACCAAAUGUUUCCCCAGCCCACCCCACUCCUUGGGAUAUUUGGUGCAGCCCAGACCCUUGUUUUGGAAGUACGAAAAUUCCUUAGACACGCAAUACGAUCACCUCCUUGAUAGGUGGGGAGGGGGCAGCAGCUGGUACAUUCUGGGUCACAGGGGGACUGUUCAGUUCAUGUUAAUCCCCAAACUCCUUCCCUCCCCCUUAGCCAUCUGGAUAAUCAAUUACUGCUCUCCACAUACAUACUUUCAAUUAGAAAUACAGUCACACGCUGAUAUUACUCAUUUACUGGAUCAUUUUGUAUAAUUUGCAUAUUUGCAUGUUAACAAUGCAUAAUUGGAAAGAAUAGAUGCUCUACAAAUGUUUCUUAACCUUAAUUGUAUAUUCUUUAUGUUUUGGCACCUUAAAUUACACGUGUUGUUUUCACCUGAACGAGAGAUGCAGUUUGGCACUACCACUACUUCCUAUUGUAUAAUAUAGUAUCCUGCAAAGUGGUGCAGAGAAAAAAUGUCUUCUACCUUCUAAAGGACAAACUGUAUAAGCAGUUUGACAGUAUUCACUCUAUGGUUUUGCCCGAUCAAGCUUUAACCCCUUAAGGACCAAACUUCUGGAAUAAAAGGGAAUCAUGACAUGUCACAUGUCAUGUGUUCUUAAGGGGUUAAAGGAACAUUAUAGGGUCAGGAAUACAUGUUUAGGUGCAAAACCCACCGUUUAGGUGGCUUGCCCCCCUUAUCCCCCUUAAAAGUUAAUAAAACUCACCUUAUUUCCAGCGCCGCACAGGUCUGCCAGCUCUGUCCCCGCCCCCUUGGUGACAUCAUCAGAAUUGCCAAUUUUUAGCCAAUCCAAUGCUUUCCCCUGGGGUAAGCAUUGGAUCAGCUAAAAUAGGCAACGGAGCGUGGCCAAAUGCCAUUUUCACCAAUCAGCACCUCCUCAUAGAGAUGCAUUGAAUCAAUGCAUCGCUAUGUGGAAAACUCAGCGUCUUCAUGCAGAACGUGGAGACGCUGAACGGCAGAGCUACCUACUGUGCAGCACUGACCCAGGAAGCACCUCCAGUGCCCAUCUGAGGAGUGACCACAGGAGGUGUCCCUAGGGGCAAUGUAAAAUUCUCUGAAAAGGCAGUGUUUGCAUGAAAAUGCCUGAAGGCAAUGAUUAUACUCACCAGAAAAACUACAUUAAGCUGUAGUUGUUGUGGUGACUAUAGUGUCACUUAAAUGUGUUAAAAUUUGCUCUGUUCUUUUUUUUUUUUUUCUUUUUUUGGUUAAACCUCUGGCUCCAAGCAAAUAGAACCUCAAGUCUUAUAAUAUAUAUAAUAUAUGUAUUAUUAUAAUACAUUAAUCACAAAGAAAUAUGGACCAGACACAUACAGGUAUGUUAAGGCAGAUUUAUUGGGAAACCAUACAACGUUUUGGCUUGAUAAAGUCGCCCGGGGUGCCGAAAUGUAUGGUUUUCCAAACUCUUUCUUAACACACCUGUAUGUGCCCAGUCCAACAGUGCCCAGUUAGUCCCCCUGCUGGCUGGAAAUCAAAUAAAAUAAAGUUAAAAUCAGUAUAUUAAAAAAAAUAAAAAAAAAAUAAAAUAUAUAUAUAUAUAUAUAUAUAUAAAAUUAACACCGUAAAUCCAGUGUGGUAAAUCCAGGAGCUAGUUCACUAAAAAAGGCUCAGAUUGAGACACUACUGUGGGCAUAUAUUUCAAAAAUCUGAAAUAGAGAGCAACACUUGUGUGUGUGGUGUGUAUACCUUUAAAUCUGCUGGAAACAGAGUAAGAUCGAUACACACAAAAUACUAUACUUUGUAAAAAAAAGAGAAAUUAACACCUCUUCAUAUAUAGGAAGACAGUAUAAGGAACUGUUUCCUAUAUUGCAAUAGGAUUAGUGCAACAUUAAUGUGUAAUGACACAAAAGUAUAUGGUGUAUACGCCUUUAAAUCUGUAAAUACAGAGAUAAAAUGGAGUAUAUGCCAAAAUACUGUACUUUGUAUUACAAACAUAUAAAAUAUAAACCUUAUAGGGUAGAGAUACAGUAUAGAUGACUGUAUUCCACAAUAAAGUGAAAGCAGUAAAAAUCAAUAAAAUCCAAUAAAUUUAAAAAUAGUACGAAGUUUAUUAUAAAAGUGACUAUGCCAAAGCAUUAAAAUAUGUGAAGAAUAGUAAUAUAUAUAAAAAUAUCAAAAUAUCCACCCGUACCAAGAGGCCUACUCGAGACCCUGCCGAGGAGAGGCGGACGCUCUCCUCGCGGACGACACCGCAGUGGGAACCUCCAAAUUACUCACCUCCUACCCCCUGGACCGGCAGGGGUUAUCCCGGUCCGCACAGUGUGUGCCACGCUGAUCUCAGCACGACGACAAGGCAGUGAGAUCCCCCACAAGGCACUCCUAAGAUGGUGGCUGGUAGCGAAUCGCUCACGCUGAACCUGCUCCCGCAAGCAACAAUCUACCACGACACCACACAGCGCCUGAACGAAAUAUUCAGACGCUUCUGGGCAAAAUUAAGAAACCGCCUGAAAACAAUACAGACCGCGCAGGGACCUGCACAAACAGCGGGUAAGCAAGACAGCCGGCAGCGGGGACAUGGGGGCAUACCCUUGGGCAUAGCGACGGACGACCCACGCAACCCCAAACCGCAGAGCCUACCCGGGCUGGAGGCCAAAAGGGUGAAGACCCGGAUGCAUCGCCCACACCCACGGAGGCUCCAACACUGCAAACGGCCAAAGUCCAUCAGGCCCUCCACUACCCCCGAAAGGGGAGGAAACUCGGGCUCCAGAAGCUGCAGAGUUCGUGGCACAGAGAUGUAGGCCCAUGCAACAGCCUGGGGCUUGAGGGAUGCCACCAUACUGUCUACUGCUCCAGCUCCCUGCUUUCAAAGAGACGGCAUCGGAUGAUAGAGCCUCCAGAAGGUCAGCGCCGGGCCCACCAUCCAUCAGCUUAAUCUGACAUACUGCAUGACCAGUACUGACAUCCAUGGAGAGCAGAGGGCAAAAACACACGCAGCCCCGGACAACAGAGACUUUCAAGCAUACUGUAAAGUUAUCUGUUAGACAACUGUUAUAUUUUUACUUUUAUUAUUUCUAAGCAUGUAAUCUACAUAUCAUACCAUAAGCUCAAGCAGAAAAAACGAAGUCACAUGAACAUGGUCAGCCUAACUUAACAUGUUAACCAUGAGCCGCUUCAUGUCAGUAAAUAUAACAUACUGAAGUUCAUACUGCAUGAUGUUAACCUUAUGACAUAACUUAUUAAGCCUGCUCUCGACUAGAUAGACAAUGUUUAAUUGAUAUUGGCACUGUCGGCACCAAUAUUUGUCUAUCUCCUGCCCUACGAUCUUACUGUGAGUUACUAUAACAGACAAGCUGAGCUAGCCUGUACUAAGCUUAUUUAAUGCCUACCAAACGACAUGUCUCACAUCCUGCCUACUUUAAAAAAAAAAAAAAAAAAAAUACUGUAUAACAUGUUCACAUAUCACAGUUACCCUAGCUUGGUCAAUCAGGCACCGUUAAACUUACUUAAUCCACCUGCUUAGACGACACACCUGCCUAGAUAUGCCUGUUUUCCAUAGAGAGCAAUCUGUGUGAUUUCAACAAGCUUAAUUCUUUCUUUUCCUUUCUUGCUCUUAAUUAAAAAAUGUGCACAUACUCCUGAACACCCCAAUGUUUUAAGUGUUGAAACUCAGCGUGGGGAUUGCUGUUGGGGCACCACACGCAUGCUGUUAUAUAUCUUUGCACUGCAAAAAUAAAUGUAAAAAAAUAAAAUAUCAAAAUAUCAGUCAGGGAUGGUUUGCAAGAUUGUUACCAGCACAUCUGUGUUUGUAAUUCCGAUUUUACCAUAGGGACUGAUCAGGAUGGAUGUGGAUACUUUGUUGCUGUAAAAUGUAUCACUUUCUGCCGGCUGCUUGUGAGGUUGGCGUGCGUCCCAGACCUCACUCUGGGUGAUGCAUGCUACUAGCCGGUCGGUCCCCAGAUCUCGGAAUGCUCUUUGCUCGGUGGAAAAGAAGAGAGCACGGUGGCUGGUUCUCUAAUCUGCGUCCGUACCCCGCUUGAUUUGAUGUGGUCUAACGCGUUUCGUGGGUGUCAGCCCCACUUCCUCAGAGACAGGAUGAAGUUUCUUCGAUGUAGCAUGAUUUAAAUACAGUUCAAACUGAUUAAAAUUAAUUGUAUUGGUUUGGUGUGUUAGUUAAUUUAGGGGAUGGUACACUAAACUAUUGAUUGGGGUGUACACAUAGAAUUUGAACAUAUCAUUUCAGUAUACAAAAUUAUUAAAAUUCUUAAAAUUCAUAGAUAUAAACAAUACAAACAUGGAAAUAUUCAAGAACAUGAAAACAUUAGGAGUGUCUGUAGAGUAUAUCUAUAAAAAUAUUUUUACAGCAUAUAAAAAUCAAUAUUCGUUGUGCAUAUUCUGAAGAUCCUAAAUAAAAAAUUUAAAAAAUCUGAAAGGUUAAAAGAUAUAUUUUAUAAGAAGGUACAGUAGUUGUAAAUUACAAUGAUAACCUAUGGGGAUAAUGCACAUAUAAAAAGAUAAUACAAUAAAUGCCUAAGUUGGUACUAGGUGGUCUAGGUAUAAAAUACAUCACUAUAGACAUCAUAUUCAAUUGAUAGUAUAAAUAGAAAAAGUGCUUAGAGAGCUGCAUGAUGAAAUUUACAGUAUAGAGAAAUAUUUAGAACUACUCAACCAAAAAAAAUAAUGGUGAAGUAUAAAAAGACUGCAAGAAAAUAUGUAGAGACUGUAGAAAAGAUAAAUAGAUAAAAACUGUGAAAAAAAACAUAUGUUGGAUAAAAAUGUCUAUGUUCCGUUGGGGAAUGGAGAGGAAGAGAAAUAAAUAAUGCUGGAAAAAAGGGGAUAAUUUAAUUCAACUUAAUGUGGCUGGAAUUGUUCAGUUAUUCAAUAUAAUAUGUUGAAACUGUAAGACAUACAGGACAACAAAGAAUAAAAAAUAAAAUAUAAAAAAUAAAAAAUAAUAAAUAAAAUAUGUAUAAAUAUAAACCCACACAUAGAUAUAAAUAUAUAGUUCUAUCUAGGGAUAAGUGUGAUUCAUAUGGAUGAGUGAGUGUACAAAGAUGUAUGAAAUAAGAGGUAUGUAUGUAAGUGAACUUAUGGUGGGUUCCCUCUGUAUACCCUAAAAUGAAUAAAAUAAGUAAAAAUAAGUGGAUAAGUGUAUCGAAGUGAUAUAAGUGAAUAUAUAUAAAAGAGUGAAAAAAAAAAAAAAAGGAAUUCUAUAAAAAAGCAAUUCUAUAAAAAAGCAUUGAGUUCAAAAUCUACGUUCCGACCUUUGGGAACCAAGGUCUCUAGGUUGAAUAUCCACUUUGCUUCAAUUUGGUCUAGAUUUCUUUCCAUAUCCCCACCUCUCCAAUGUACGUUCACUUUUUCAAUGGGUAAGAAUUUCAAUGUUGUGUGAUCUCCUCCAUGGAAUUCUUGGAAGUGUUUGGAGAGAUUGUGUGUCUGUAGUCCCCUCUUGAUGUUACGUAUAUGUUCUGCUAUUCUGGUUUUCAGGGAUCUCUUUGUUCGUCCCACAUACGGUUUUAGCAAGGGCAUGUGAUGAGGUAGAUGACUCCUACUGUAUCACAACUCAUAUCGGUGUGUAGGUUAUAUUCUUCCAAAUUGUUUGUAGAUUUAAUUCCAAGGAGGGGUUAUUCUUGCACGCUAUGCAUUUGGUGCAUCUUCUGAAACCUCUAGUUUUUGUUUUGUCCUGGAAGUCAUGGGAAGAUUUAAGAGUUGGUGCUAACAUAAGUUGCAGAUUUGAUGCUUUUGUAAAAAUAAUUUUUGGUUUAGAGUCUAGAAUAUCAGUGAGUGUGGGGUCGCUCCUUAAUAUGUUCCAAUGUUUGUGUAGGAUCUUCUCUAUGGUGCGAGAUUGAUGAUUAAAUUUAGUUAUGAAAGCGGGUGUUGAUUGGUAUGUAUUGGUGGUCUUCUUCUUGCUCUUCAGGGUAAUCUCUCUUGGGAUAAUCAGUGCUUUCUUUCUAGCAUCAGUUAGUAGUGUUGUAGGAUAUCCUUUAACUAGAAACCUCUGUUUCAUCUCCUCCAUUUGUUCUUCGCAGGAUUCCAUUUUGGAACAAUUCCUUCUGAUUCUCCUAAACUGGUUAUGGGGAAUGUUUUUCAGCCAAGUAUGUUUGUGGUGGCUGUUAAAAGAAAUGAAACUGUUGCAGUCCACAGAUUUCUUAAAAGUCUUAGUGUGUAUUUCUUUGUCUUCAAUAUAGAUGUUUAAGUCUAAAAAUUCAAUCUGUUGCUGUGAAUGGUUGAAUGGAAAUUCCAAGUUAUACGGGUUGGUAUUGAGGUAGUUCUUGAAUGAUUCUAUGGAUUCCAGAUCUCCUUUCCAGAUAAAAAAACAGUCGUCUAUAUAUCUACGCCACAGGGACAGAUUUGCGUCAAAAGGGCAGUUGUUCCAUAUGAAUUUUUCUUCCCAUUUGCCCAUGAAUAAAUUUGCAUAGCUUGGCGCAAAUCGUGUCCCCAUGGCGGUAUCCUCUAUCUGUAGAUAAAAUUGAUCGUUACACCAAAAAUAAUUAUGGGUAAGAAUAAAUGCAAUGCAUUGGAUAAGGAAAUCGAUUUGAUCAUUCUUUAAUUCCGAAUAUACUGCCAGUGAGAAUUGGGUAGCCUCACAUCCUUGUAGGUGUUCUAUUAUUGUAUAGAGUGAGGUGACGUCUGCUGUAACUAAAAACAUAUCUUCUGUACAUUUAAAAUCAGCUAAAAUAUUUAAAAUCUGCGUGGAGUCCCUCAGGUAGGAUUUGAGGUGGGGUACCAAAUUUUGUAGAAACUGAUCAACGUAUUUGGAGAGAUUGGCUGUGAGAGGUCCAAUUCCAGAGAUAAUUGGUCUUCCUGGUGGUUUUAUCAGUCGCUUAUGGAUUUUGGGUAAGUGGUAGAAGACUGGUAUCCUUGGAAAUUUGGUAAAUAGAUACUGGUAUUCCCUAUCAUUGAUGAUCCCUCUCUCCUUUCCUUGAUCCAGUAUUUCUUUUACUCUUUCCUUGAAUGGUAAAGUGGGAUCUUGUUCGAGUUUGAGAUAAGUAGAAGUGUCUCCCAACAGUCUUUGGUUCUCAUCCACAUAGUCCUCAGUGUUCAGGAUAACUAGUCCCCCUCCUUUAUCUGCCGCUUUGAAGGUUAUGUCCCCCAAUUUCAUAAGUUGUUUGAGUGAAUUCCUCUCUUUUUUUGUGAGAUUAUCUUUAUUGAUCUUAUUUGUAAUCUCCCUUCUAAAAUCUUUCUCCACCAUCUUCUCAAAUACUUUAAUUGAAUCGGUCUUCAUAUGUUGUGGGUAAAAAGUGGAGGUGGGAUGUAAUCCUGUAUGAGUGUAAUCUUGUAUUGUGUUAGGUUGUGUUGGGUCCUUGUCAGCAAAAAAUGUUUUGAUAGUAAUUUUCCGUAUGAAUUUGUGUAUAUCUAUGCAGGCAUUAAAAUUCGAACUUUUCGAAGUGGGUGCGAACUUUAAACCUUUUUUUAAGAGUGAUAUUUCAUCUGGAUUGAGAACCCUGGUGGAUAGAUUAAAUAUGUUUACCUCCUCCUUUUUUGUUGGACUGGGUCUUCUCGUGGUUCUGACUCUUCUUCUGUUUCUCUUAUUGUUCUUUUCUUCCUUAUAUCUGGAGACCUGAAGUCCUCCAUGAUGAAUUGUUUGUGGGGAAUCCUCCCCCGUUUCUCUAAAAAAAAUCAUUCCCCAUGUGUGUAUUUGAGACUAAAGGUAAGGUCUUGUUAUCCUUAGCCGUCAUGGUGGGUUGAGUCUCCCCAUGAUCUGAUGAUUGAGUUCUUAAAUCUGGAGUGUUUUGGUAUAGGUGGUCUUGUAGUCUCCAAUUCUUCUUCUGGUAUUGGUGAGUGUCUUGUUCUGGACGUUGUUUGUACCUUCCCUGAUGUGUAUAUCGCAUCUGAUGAUGGUGUUGGUAUUGUCUGUAAUUUGUGUUCUCAUAUCUUCUAUUAUGAGUGUGUAGGAGUUCUUUGGGAGACUAGAGCUUCCUUGUAAGUCAUACGUCCCUGUGGUCUAUAAUCCAUUUCGUAUUCCUUAGGGGGAUUGGGUCUCUGUCUUGUAUCUUUUUUCCAAUUUCUUUGUGUCUAUAUAUAUGAUCUAAGUAUAUAUAUAUAUAUAUACACAUACACUGUCUAGGUGUAUUUUACUAUUAAUAAAUAUAUAUAAUUAUAUAUAUAUAUAUAUAUAUAUAUAUAUAUAUAUAUUAAUACCAAAUUACACGUAAACUGAUACUGAUUAUAUAAUUAUUGUUAUAUAUAUAUAUAUAUAUAUAUAUUUAUAUAUAAUAUAAAAAAAUUAUGUAAAUACGUUAAAAAUAAAAUUAAAAAAAUAAUUUAAAAAUAUAUAGGUGUGUUAUUUCGUUCUAACUGUAUUGUGAUAUUAAUAUAUAUAUAUAUUUAUAUCAAAAUACACGUAGAAUGAAAUAAUAUAUAUAUCUAUAUACAUAAAUAUAUAAAUAUAUACGUAUAUAUCACUAUAUAUAUACCUAUAUAUAAAUAAAAAUAUUUUCAAAAAAUUAUAAAUUUUUGAAAACACCAUAAAACCUGUACAGGAGGGGUACUGUUGUACUCGGGAGACUUUGCUGAACACAAAUAUUUGUGUUUCAAAACAGUAAAAAGUAUCACAGCAAUAAUAUCGUCCGUGUAAGUUCUGUUUGUGUGUGUAAAAAUGCAAAAAAGUCACUUUUAAUUGCGAUAUCAUUGUUGUAAUAUAUUUUACUGUUUUGAAACACUAAUAUUUGUGUUCAGCGAAGUCUCCUGAGUAAAACAGUACCCCCCAUGUACAGGUUUUAUGGUGUCUUGGAAAGUUAUAGGGUUAAAUAUAGUGCUAGCAAAUUAAAUUCCCUAUACUUUCGGCAUGGGUUGUCAGACAGGUCCCGCUAAUUGUAAUUAAUUAAAAUACCUAAUUAUGUAAAAAUAUUACAUAAAUAUAUAUGUAGAACUAAUAUAUGUGUGUGUAUAUAUAUAUAUAUAUAUAUAUAUAUAUAUAUAUACGUAUGUGUAUAUAUAUGUGUAUAUAUAUAUAUAUGUAUAUAUAUAUAAAUAUAUAUAAUUUAAAAAAAAUAUUUUUAUAAUGAUAUAUACGUAUAUAUUUAUGUAUAUAGAUAUAUAUAUUAUUUUGUUAAUAUCAAUAUAUUAAUAUCACAAUAACGUUAGAACGAAAUAACACACAACUAUAUAUUUUUUAAUCAUUUAUUUUUAAUUAUUUUUUAAUUUUAUUUUUAACGUAUUUACAUUUUUUUUUAUAUUAUAUAUAAAUAUAUAACAAUAAUUAUAUAUAUAUAUUUAUAUAUAUAUAUAAAAUCAGUAUCAGUCUACGUGUAAUUUGAUAUUAACAUAUAUAAUUAUAUAUAUAUAUAUAUAUAUAUAUAUAUAUUAAUAGUAAAAUACACCUAGACAGUGUAUGUGUGUAUAUAUAUAUAUGAUCUAAGUAUAUAUAUAUAUAUAUUUUUUUUUAUACUGAUUUUAACUUUAUUUUAUUUAAUUUCAGCCAGCAUGGGGACUAACUAUCAUUACAGGCAGUCCCCCUGCUGGCAAUGCAGCGGCCAGCUAACCCGGCCAUGUGAUUGUGAGGUCCUCACAAGGACCUCACUCUCACAUGGCCGGAGGAGGCAGGAUCUGCCGCGGGGGACUCCCUGGGAUCCCAGGUGAGUACCCCGACCGCGAUCGCCAGCGUGGGAUCUCCGGCGACCGGGUAAGUAAGAAAAACCGGAGGGCGUACUUGUACGACCUGCAGCGUUUAGAGAUCAUUAGAAUAGGGCGUAAUAGUACGCCCUCCGGUUUUAAGGGGUUAAUUUAGUUGUAUUGGUUAUAGUGUCUGGAGUACUCUGAUGUUAUUCCUCCAUUCAGUGUUAAAUUGUUAUCAAGCAGUUUCACACUAAAUAAGGUUCCUCAGCCUUCCACAACUCGUUUUUCACUGGAGACAUGGCUAAGGCAGAGAUUACACACUUAUAGCUAUUCGGUUCAUACCUGAAUGGUAUACUGUGAUAAGCUGAAAGCGGUCAGCUGACCAUCUCAGCCAAUCACAGCCAUCUAUUUCUGUUCAGGCUAAUUAAUCUUCAUUAGCCCAUGCAGCACAGAUAAUAUGGGCUCUGGGGACUCUCGUUUAGCAUUAAAGCGGCACUGUAAUGCCAAACUUACCUUUCUUUAUUCGUUUCCUCUUCUCUCCCUCUCUCAGGAUCUGUUCUCUGUUUCUUCCUAUCUGAUCUAGUUUUCUUUAAAACAUAAGACAAAGUACUAUUUUGUGUUAUGGAAGUUUCCUAUGCCUGACCAUCUAUGACCAGUGGAGGAGCAAAGUGUGCUCUGUUUCCGGUGGUCCGUGAUCUUGCGAUGCCUCCUGUCAGUAUUCCCGAACAUCCUGUCAUUUAGACAGAACGCUGGCGAAACUACUGAAUUUCGCCUUAACAGAAUGAGAACAGUUUGUUCAUUCAUGUUAAGAUGGCAUUCGGUACUUUUAGGUCAGUUAGAAAUUUUAUUAGAAUGAAUGAAAUUCCAAUCCGAUUUGUCCUGCAGCCGCUUAGUAGAUAGCUCCCUAAUUCCCACGGUAUCAGGGAGCUAUCUACCAAAAGGCUGAAAGACCAACUUCACUAAUACUAAGUACUUAGAGGCAUGUCUGCUAAACAGUGAGCAGCCAGUGGCCAUGACAGUGCUGCUUUAAAACAUUAAAAUCUGUUUAAUGAUUAAUGGAAGGACGGAAGUCAGGGGCUCUGUGCACUAUAACCACUUUAAUGAGCUAAAGCAGAUACGGUGCCUACAGUGUCCCUUAAAACCCACACACAUCACAAAUGCUCAUUGUAACGGAUCACCUGGCACCCCGACUGGGUACCUCCGUUGAAGGAUGCUCCUUGCGCUUCCUGAGGACUCCAAGCACUGCAGCAGACACCAAAACCACCGAACCGUAGGAGCAUAUGAAUGCUCUCAAGCAUUUUAAUGUUGUAUUCAGCCGAAUAGGAAAAAGCAUGCAAAUAGGUUUACACUCCUAGCAGUCAAACUGGAACAGCAUACAAUGAAUCCUCCCCCAAUAAUGAGACGACACUUCACUUUGAGGGUUAAGCAGAAACUGACUGUACUGGCACAUACAGCCUCUUUUAUUCCCAAUCCACAAACUUAGUACUGCCCACAGGGUUUUACAGAACAACCAAUCAAUCUGUACAAUACACACAGACACUCCCACACAAAAUCCUCCCCUCUGCCUGUAAUACAAUUACACAUGGGUAAUCUAAUUAUCACAGACAGAGAAAUACAGUUUCAUAAAACACAUCACAGGGACCCCAAAACAUGCAAUAACCCCAUAAAAUCCUUGGAACCGGGGGAUCUGGGUGAACCACAUAUCCAAAAUUCACCCAGAUCCGUUCAGUAUUUUGGAAGAUACAGUUUAAUGCAGAUUCUGCAGAACAUAUACAGGCUAAAUGAAAAACAAUCACUGUAUAAUGUGUCCCCUGCUGUAUAGUCCAAAACCACUGCACAAUGUCUCUGUGCACCAAAUACUGGCGAGAUGGCACCGUGUUGAAAAGUCCAAACAGUGUCUGUGAGUUAAAAUGGCCACCAUCCAUUGUUCUCACCAUGUGCUUCUGAUACAGGAAAUGGUGGCCACCCAGUAACUCCACAGUAUGUCCCCAGAUGGUUCUUAAAGGGCCAGCAGCAGCACAACACAAAUCCAUUAUGCCCAAAUCAUGUCUUUAAAGGGCAAUACAUCCCAGGGGCCAUAGUCACAUGGCAGGAGGCUGGCAAUCAGUCUUCUCCAAUGCCCAGUGGCGAGGUCGGUUUUGCCACACUCAUCUUGACUGUUCAUGCUACUAAUGGCGAGGUAAGGUCAUUUCAGGACCUAGAAGCCCCCCAAACACACUCACCACGGAGUGAGGCUCCUGUAGACUUUGUAACUCAAUCAAUAUCUUUGCAAUGAAAACAUUUGUUCUAACUUUACACCCAUUUAUGGUCCAUAUUACAAACAUAGCAUUUGGUUGAUGACCUAAUUUUUUUAUCUAAACAUUAUCUCAGCGACCAAUUCUUCAACUGUGAUGUAAUACAUGAUGAAUUCUGGAAAACACCUUCAUUAGACUCUUCACGGAGUUAGGGGGUCUCCAUUGCACUGGGAAAGGCAUGCAAUACAUUUGUUCUUUUUUUUCUUGUAUCACGUUACUUUAGUGCCAUUUAUUGAAAUGUGUUUCUGUUUUACUUGAUAAUUCUAUUUAUGAAUAGAAUAUUAAAUGUGUCAGUGUUACUAUUUCAAAAGAGAAAAGAGGGUUGCACUCAAUCCUAAAACUCACAGGGUGCUAUGGGGCAGCAUACCCCAUAAAACAGGUAUCAAAGAAAAAAUCUCAGGCACUCACUGAUAAGUUAAGCAAGUUUAAUAGACACUGCAACAUUUCAACCCGUACCCAGGUCAUUAUCAAGCUUCAUAAAGACCUGGGUACCGGUUGAAAUGUUGCUGUGUUCAUUAAACCUGCUUAACUUACUACAGUGAGUGCCUGAGAUUUUUUUCACUGUUACUAUUUCAGACUGACAGACUGUUAUACUCAAACAUAUUCCAUCUAAGAACCAUAUUAAAUUCCUGGAUGGAAGUGUUCUUCCCCUACUGGCAAUCUUCAAUAUACAGCAACAGACAGGCAAAUCAAUUCAUCUAGUCAGAAGUCCAUCUAAUGUGUAUGAAAAGACCGUGCUAAAUUGUAUUACAGGCAAGGAAUAAUUGUGAACAUUUCCAAAACCCAAUGUCCGAAUUUCUGUAUCUAUAAAUAUUCAUUUAAUUUCAGAUAUAUAAUACCUUACUAAAGUGUAGAGUUGUUAAUAUUUUGUAGGCUGAAAUUAGUUAGCACUGUGCUAUAUUUGCCUUUUCCCUGGUAAAUAAAAAAUGUGCAUAAUUUUAUAUGUAAAUAAUGAGUAUUGUAAUAUUUACAUACUUUGAAAGGACAUGCAUGUAUAUAUUUUUUUGUUUUUACAGUUUAUUAUUAUGUUUAAUAUAUCGCAUUUUGAAGAAUGAUAAAUAAAAUGCAGAUUUGUUCAUACCAGCUUGUAAUCCAUACACCCAAGUAUGUAUAAUAAUGAUAUUGAUUUAAUGGGCAAAGAUUUCAUGGAAUUGAGAAACAAAGAGUUGAGGAAUUUCACAAUGUUAGCUUCUAAAACGAAUGAAUUUAUCUUUUUAAAGAGGUAGGCAGAGAGUUAGUGGUACAAAAGAACUUGGCUUAUCCAGUAAAUUUUGUAGUAUUUUGUACAUACUAACACUUGUGUUUGAGCGACAUGCCUUUUGGGUCUUAGAUUGUGGAACACGUAGGGGAACGUGGACAACUCUGCCUUGUACAUUUAUCUUCAAAUAUUAAUGAAUCCAGACAGAUGUGAUGAUUGCAUAUUUAAAGCAAAUCUGAUUUGAAAUGGCUUUGUGUAAUGAUGGCAUACAGUAACUGAUGAUCAGAGUGUUAAGUGUGUAAGCAUUCUAAAAGCCAUUAUGCUAAGUAAACUGGCGUCUUCUCAGUACUUCCUAAGUAAAUGUUAGAUUGACUGAUAAACAUGGACCACUAGGGAUUCUUAUACAGCACAGACAAAAUGCUUUCAGCUUCCACCCCACACCUGUUACAUGUGUGACUUGUAGGAUUAUCAAGUUCGGAUUGAGAUGUCCAGUUGAGACACCUGUCCAAUGUAAUUCAAAGACAUUUGCAGACCAAGGGGCAAUUAGGCCAGCUUUAGGCCAAGAGUUUGUGCAGUUGUUACUCUGCCAGGUCAAAGUUCAGGACCUCUUGACAGGGAUAGAAUGAUUGACAGAGGACAUGUGCUUAUACAAAUCCUAUUUACUUGGUUCCAAGGUAAAAUUAGAUCUCCUGAAAAUCUAGAAAUUUAAAGUACAAAAAGCUUAAGUAAAGUCAUCUACUCCAUCCAAAAAUGGUAAUGCCUCAUCUUGGCACCUAGAUCUGCCUAGCAUCAUGAAAAUGUAGCUCACAAACAAGGUCCAUGGUUAAACUUUGAUGUUCACUUUGAUCUCCAUUUCACAAUAUUUGUGGACCAUGGAUAGACACUCCUCUUCAACUAUAGAAUUCUAUUUGAUUAGUUAAAACCAUCUACAUUAUUCUCCUUUUCUCUGGAGCACUUAUUUCUAGUUGUUUUUAAAUUCUGAUUUCUGUAUAUUUUAUUUAGAUUUUACCACGAAGAAUAAUAAAUACACAACAUGUAAACCAACAAAAAUAUAAGUAAAUAUGUGAGUUAGCUUGAAUGCUGAUGUGAGAGACCCAGACAUGGCAUCUGACCGUGGUCCACAGCCACAUUCCCCAAAUUAAGAAACGUCACGGAUUGCAGAUAUUAUGACAAAAAAACAGCUGAGGUUUUUGUGCGUAAGAUGGCCGCCACCACGUGUUCGUAUGCUGAACGGCGGCCACCCAGAUACAUGCACAAAAUACCGAUCGUACCAAUUAACCUGAGGUUAGAGAAGUGUGAAAGCCUAAUAAGGUGCACACUUCUCUCUGGGGUGGUCUAAUGGUUCGGUAGUUUUCAUUCGUAUGGAAUACGGAUGAAAACUACCGAACAAUCAUACGAAUGCUACAUACAAUUUUAGCUAUACAGGAAAAUAAACACACAAAUUGCAUUUUUAACACAGCCUUUGAGGACAGCCUUAAAGGACCACUCUAGGCACCCAGACCACUUCAGCUUAAUGAAGUGGUCUGGGUACCUGGUCCAGCUAGGGUUAACCCAUUUUUUAAUAAACAUAGCAGUUUCAGAGAAACUGCUAUGUUUAUUAAUGGGUUAAGCCUUCCCCUAAUCCUCUAGUGGCUGUCUCAUUGACAGCCACUAGAGGCGCUUGCGUGCUUCUCACUGUGAUUUUCACAGUGAGAGCACGCAAGCGUCCAUAGGAAAGCAUUGUAAAUGCUUUCCUAUGCGACGGGCUGAAUGCGCGCGCAGCUCUUGCCGCGCGUGCGCAUUCAGCCCAGGAGGAGGAUCGGAGGAGGAGAGGAGGCAGAGAGCUCCCCGCCCAGCGAUGGAAAAAGGUAAGUUUUUAACCCUUUCUCCUUUCCAGAGCUGGGCGGGGGGGGUCCCUGAGGGUGGGGGCACCCUCAGGCACUAUAGUGCCAGGAAAACGAGUAUGUUUUCCUGGCACUAUAGUGGUCCUUUAAUACCAUCCGCUACAGUACCAAAUGUUACAUUUCUGUGUUUUGAUAAAACUAAUGCUAAUUAAUAUAUUAAAUCAUCACAAAUACCGGCAGUGUUUCCAAUAACCAAUUAUCUCUUCUUCUCCUGCAGGUUCUUACGAUGGUGGUGCAAGAGGUUUCAGAGGAUGGCCUUGUGCUGUAUCCAUGGCGACGCCCAGCCCUGAUGGACAACAGGAUACAGAGGGUCAAGAGAGCUUGGGUGAUUCCAGUAAUCAGUGUGGCAGAGAAUGCCAGGAAUAUCCCUUUGCUGCUAGUACAGGUAUGAAAUAAUGGGCAGUGGUCUGUUUUGGGAUUGGGAGCAAACUCCCUCCCGAUGAGCACAUUCCGUUGAAAAAGGCACCAUUUUGGUUGAAGUGAAGGUCAAAGAUAAAGUUAUCAGGGCUAGAAAGAUAGACAGAGAGAGCUAAAUCGUAAUACAGAGACGUACUGCAUUGGGAUCUCUGUAUAGCAGCUCUGUGUAAUCUAUCACAGUGAUCCUGGCUGUGUGGGAUAGUUAUGGUAUCUCCUUAUUAUGCCCAGCACUGUGUGUUAUUUAUCUGUAUUUUGCUCAACUCUACCUGUUGUAUGGGUAUCUCUAUAGUCUGCACAGGUCUGUGUCCAGCUUGUUUUAUUGUAUGAGCAUCUCUGUAUUAUGCUCAGCUCUGUGUAUUGUAUGAGUAUCUCUGUACUGUAUAAGGAGGAGUCUGGCUCUCCACCAUCUUAAAACUUCACCAGCCGUCACUGGGUAUGGUGCAGAUUGAAGAUAAUGGACUCAAAUAAAUCUUAGCUGGACCCAUAAGACGCUGUAAUAGACAGUGUCGAGCGGGAUAUCCCCCACCGACUGGAGUAUCACAAAUUAGGGAAUCGAGGUGAGCAGCCGGCCACAUGUAAUGCCGUCCUGAAAAACACCUGAUCAGUGGCAGUCCAAAAGGUUCCAGGGUACCCUUCGAACCAUUAUAGGCCAGUCAGAUACAGAAUAUGUCAGGGUAACUUGCUAAUCAGGCUUAAAAUCUCAGAAUCUGAGGUUCCGCUCCAACAAGGGACCUGAUUGAUCAGCAUUCAGCCCCCUCAUCCACCAUGUUUUCCUUGGCACUCUGCUGAUGGGCAUGAUAAGGUCUGUACUGUGGUUUGUACCAUUCCUACUACAGGGGAGAUACAUAAAUUAGCUAAUCUAGCUAUUCCUCCUUGAAUACACAGAGAUUACAAUAGAGGGAUUCAAUUCCAAAACAUAUCCACACUACAAACACUGGGGAAGCAUUUUUCAUGUGCUGCUCAACAGCAUACAUAAAUGAAUAUCGAGGGAGCAUGGAGGGUCUGGCUAUAUUGCACACGAGUAGGUUCCCCCCUUAAGCAUUUUUCUCACUUGAUAUUGGUUCAGUGACUUCAGCUCCACUGUCUCAACGACAACUCAGUAGAGGUCUCAUAACGUUUAUACCAUCUGGGAAGUAAAAACAGCAGCGUUAUGGUGGUCAGACUUUUAUUACGCUGUUUAACGUCUGGAGACUGCAACACUGUCUGCUUUCACAUCUCUCGGGGAAUAAAAAUGCCUGAUCUUGUGCUGUACUGAGAUGUUUUCUGGAUAAGUCAGCUCUGCAAGUGGAGUACCACCAGGUAUACAUCCAGUGCUGAUCACUCUUUGUUUAUAAGUCAGGUGUGAAGGUGGAGUACCAGCAGGUAUACACCCAGUGCUGAUCACUCUUUGUUUAUAAGUCAGGUCUGAAGGUGGAGUACCAGCAGGUAUACACCCAGUGCUGAUCACCCUUUGUUUAUAAGUCAGGUGUGAAGGUGGAGUACCAGCAGGUAUACAUCCAGUGCUGAUCACUCUUUGUUUAUAAGUCAGGUGUGAAGGUGGAGUACCACCAGGUAUACAUCCAGUGCUGAUCACUCUUUGUUUAUAAGUCAGGUCUGAAGGUGGAGUACCACCAGGUAUACAUCCAGUGCUGAUCACUCUUUGUUUACAAGUCAGGUCUGAAGGUGGAGUACCAGCAGGUAUACACCCAGUGCUGAUCACUCUUUGUUUAUAAGUCAGGUCUGAAGGUGGAGUACCAGCAGGUAUACACCCAGUGCUGAUCACUCUUUGUUUAUGUCAGGUGUGAAGGUGGAGUACCAGCAGGUAUACACCCAGUGCUGAUCACUCUUUGUUUAUAAGUCAGGUGUGAAGGUGGAGUGCCAGCAGGUAUACACCCAGUGCUGAUCACUCUUUGUUUAUGGAAACACCAGUGGCGUGCCUUCAGCUUGGGACAGGUGUAAUGUGACGGACAGAUACUUGGAGCUCUGAGGUCGUAACCUGAAAAUGCCACUACUGCAAAUCAUCCCUGGUAUUCUCAAUCUUUCAUAUUAUCUCAUGAUUAAUCUUCAAAAUAAUCUGCAGUUUUUCCAAUACACUGCAUUGUCCAAGUUCAAGCGUUCAGUAUGUGAGAUUUAUUACUUCUAUACAGAAGAACUUAAGUAUAAUUCUAGUCUAGCUAGAAAAUGACAGAUACCCAGGACAAUACUGCCAUCUAAUGGCAACAUCUGAUAUAGCAGUAUUUACCAUAUGUCCACUCAAUACAGAAAAUUGUUCCCCAUUUCCCCAGUCAGGUGAUUGUAAUGCAGAUAAAGAUUAGGGUUUUAGUAAAUUUUCAAUGCUGAAAUAGUUCAACUAAAUUUGUUCUAAUCAUGUGAAAUCAUUGAUCGCUGUUGAUGAUGUCUGCUUCUUGCUCUCAGAUUAAGUCGGACAAGCAGCACCUCGGCAGUGUGAUCUACAGCAUCAAAGGUGCUGGUGUAGAUGAGGAGCCAAAGGGUAUCUUCACCAUCAAUAAGAACACGGGGGCUGUGUACCUCAAUGCAGUGCUGGAUCGCGAGAAAAUGGAGCGCUUUAAGGUAUCAUAAAACUACACACAUGACUGACCCUAAGGUGUUUUAGGCUGUCUGUGAAAUUGUCUCUCUUAACUCUCCCGGUUUCUUUUUCCUCAUUGACCGCAACUUUCCAUUUAGCAUAAACAGUAUGAUAGGUCUAGACAUAUCAUUGACAUACAAUUAAACAGAGCUUGAAAUACUGAACUUCUGGCCAUUAGAGAUUCUACUACUUCUUAUUCCAUGUUAUAGUUCCCUGGAAAUUCUAAAAUUCAUGAAAUGUAUCAAUCUCUCAUGGAAGUUAACUGGAUCGAUUAUUAUUAUUAUUGGUAUUUAUAUAGUACUAACAUAUUCCACAGUGCUUCACAAUAUUAUAAAAAGGGGGAAUUAAUACAUGAGACUAUUACAAAAUGUUACAGAACAAUAGGUUGAUGAAGACCCUGCCCAGAAGAGCUUACUAUCUAGAGGAGGUGGGGUAUAAAACACAAUAUGAUGGGCAUUGAGGGGGAUCACAACCAAACAACAAGAUGGGAAAGUAGCAGAACUGGAGGUGAGAGUGGAGUGUGGCCUUCUCAGAGAGAGUAAGAGACAGGUUUGUGAAAUAGAAGUUAUUCUGUCAGGAGGCCAUAAGCUUUUAUGAAGAGAUAGGUUUUGAGAGACUUCUUAACUUCUCUAGGGGAGAGUCUGCUGGGGGUAGGCAGGCUGUUCCACAGGAUAGGAGCCACCCAUGAGAAGUCUUGCAAACGUGAAUUAGCAGUAAGUGUGUGAGCAGCGGACAGGAGAAGGUCGCUGGCAGAACGGAGAGACCAAUAAGGGGUGUACCUAUGAACCAAUCAUGGCAGGAAUGUGCAUGACCAGCCUGUUUAAAGCAAAAGCCAUAAAAAAACAACAAAAACAAAAGCAAAACUAUAGCAUCGAAUAUAAGUGAGCUAACAGGAGUACAGUAUAUUUAAAUAAGAGAUUCAUUCAAUUUGUCUACCGUACAGUAUUCAUCCAAACAUUUUGGAUUCAUUACAAACGCUGAAUAAUAAAAAGACACUUUAUAGGUUUAUCGUUGGUAGGAAAACUGUCAUACGCCUCUGACUGUCACUAAUUAACUUUUCAUUCUAUGGAUUACUUUCCAAUUGUUUGCAUGUUAUUAGCUUUAAUUUAAAGAUGUGUAUACGGAGAGAGAGAGAGUAGCUUGAUACUUGCAUCAUUACGUGAUAGACCCUUCACUACCUGACCAACACUGCUAUACAGAAUAAACUUAUUUACAUGGCCUUUUCAGGAUGUAGCAUUGGCACAUUCUUGUCCCAUACAAGUGUCCAGAUCUGGUUACACCUCUCCAUCUACUCACGUUACAUUUUCCUCUUUUUACCAGCUUCGCGCUUUCGCAGUGGAUAGUGGAGGCGUUACUUUGGAGGAGCCGACUGACUUAGAGAUUGUGGUAAUUGACCAGAAUGACAACCCUCCGAUAUUUUCACAGAAAGUCUUCCAAGGUCAUGUUCCAGAGGGAGCAAUACCUGGUAAUGUCGGGGUAUUCAAACUAGGUGACUGAGGGUGAAGUGGUAAUGAUGCACAACGUAAUGUCUCCUCUCAAUACACCAUGUUUGUCCAGGCACGCUCGUUAUGACUAUCAAGGCUACGGAUGAAGAUGAUCCACAGACAGACAAUGCGGAGCUGAGAUAUACCAUCAUCCAGCAGGAUGGUCCGCAGAUGUUCAGUAUUAACCAGGAGACAGGCGAUAUCAGGACGGUUCAAGUGGGACUAGACAGAGAGGUACAUUAUGGAACCCUGGCCAAAUAACGUGAUUUUAUCUGUGUGUUAGGGACAAAUAUAAAAAGUUUCAAGUCACCUUUAAGAAUAGCACCUUGAAAAGAAUUUGAAUAGUUUGAUGUAACAUGGUGUUCUUUCUCAGAUGUCUACAACAUGGUUCUCGUUCCAUUUCAGGUGGUCGAAUCAUACAACCUGACUGUACAAGUGGCCGAUAUGAUGGGGCUGGGACUCGCCAGUACUGCCAAAGCUGUCAUAAUCAUCGAUGAUAUUAAUGACAACGCUCCCGAAUUCACACAGGAUGAGGUAUAGGAGCAAACAUGCAUGAAGUCCCAAUAUAGGCAUACGUGUGAAAUGAGUGUGUCUGUUUCAUAGACGGCUGUCAGGUCUCCGAAGUUGAGCAAGUGGAUAAUUACAGGUGGAUCAUUCAGUGCAUAAAACAGCUCUCUACCUUGGUACAUAUACUAAACUAUGUGUUCCUGAUGGGCGUAAUCAGAUGCAUCUGCACCUGCUUAAUUCCAGAUCUUAUUGGUAUUCGGUAGUAAGCAGUGAUAAGUACUUGUGAGUAAGAGCUUUAUCUUGGAGUUAUUUGGUUAGGAGUAUUGUUUACAUGGGUAACAAACAUUAUUGUAAAAUUACCCCAAAUAAAGGGCAGAGAUUGAGAAACUAUAGUUAAUUGUAAUUAGGGAUUCAUAAACAAAUUGUCUUUUUUUGUGUGUUUCUGGCAAGGAAUGCAUAAUAUUUUAAUGGAAAAAGAACGUACUGUUUCUGAUGUUGUAUUAAUAGCAUGAUUCUCUCUGUCUUCCAGUUCUUCAUGGAGGUCCCGGAACACAGCAGUGGUUUGGAAAUUGGGAGAGUAAGUGUGACUGACAAGGAUCUCCGCGGGUCCCCCAACUGGAAGGUGCAGUUUUCUAUCACAGGUGGAGACCCCCAUGGUGAAUUCACUAUACGCACAGACCCCGAGACCAACGAAGGAGUCCUUUUUAUCAUUAAGGUAACAUCAAUGUAUAUCACUAGACUAGUACCUUCCAAAUUACCUUCAAUUAGUCAUCCCGGAGCAGGGAAUAUGAGAUAGAGAAAACACUGAUAGGUUUGUUCACUAAAGUCAACAUUGUUAAGAAUUCAAAGGGAAUUUGAGAUUCAAGGACAAAAUAACCGAACCAGUAAAAUUCUACAAGUCAACGAUGCUUCCAUGUCAGAUAAUUUGGCCUUGAAUUUAAAAUACACUUUGAAUUCCUGGGGGUGCGUCAUUUAUCGGUGGACUGGUGCUAGGAAGCAGCCACCUCCUUUGUACAUUCUCUAGUCUAGGCUUCGAACCCUGGAGCUGCUGUCUCCUUUAGAUCAGGCCUGACACGAAUUUAGCCAGCUUAUAAAGAAGCACAGUCUCUAUUACAAAGUUAAGUAUCACCACGGAAAUAGAACUUCUAUUAUAUGCCGAUUUCAGGAGUAGCUCUUUGUUUCCCCGGAGGAGCUAUAGAUUCAUGCAGCCGUUGGGCAAGGCUCCACCCUGUAUUGGUACUUUCUUAAUCUUUUGGAGUGUUGACUUUCUGAUGGUGGGGGAAAAAAGUUUUAUGGAGUAAACUUUUUAAUUUUGUUGUAAAAAUCUUUUGGAAUUCAUGUGUUGGUAUUCACUGAAUCUCACUAUGAAAUUCUUCUUCUCUCAAGCCCUUGGAUCAUGAAGCGAAGGAGUUUCAUCAGCUCAUUGUGUCAGCUGAAAACCAGGCUCCGCUCAGGCCAUCAGCCCCCAGAACUUCUCGCUCUCAAACUCUAGUGACCAUCACGGUAAAGGACGUCAACGAACCUCCAUUCUUCCAUGAGAACCCUAAGAUAGUGAGAGUGAAUGAGAGGACCCCACCAGGAACUGAGAUCACGGCAUUUACGGCAAUAGAUCCUGACGUGAAGGAAGUCCAGGAGAUCAGGUGAGCAGCAUGCAUCUAUUAUUGUAUGCAAGUUAGGUGAAGGGAGGGAUCUAGGCUCGUAGCAGUGAAAAGCAGGAUUUGGAGUAAUGAGAUUGCAGAGAUUAAUAUACGUGGAAUUUUGCUAUUCCCUCGAAUUUGGCUGAAUGGCAUUUCAGAUGUGGAAGACUACAUUUGAGUGAUGCUUAAGGUCAGUGGUCAGUGUUCUGGAAACAUACGGAAGUACCGCAAUAUCACUUGUGGUGCUUCCGUAUGUCACUUGUGAACAUACAGAAGUACCGGAGUCACUUCAUUGAUUGGCAGGCUAGUGACCGAAGUCACUUCAUUGGUUGGAAGGCUAGUGACCGAAGUCACUUCAUUGGUUGGAAGGCUAGUGACCAAAGUCACUUCAUUGAUUGGCAGGCUAGUGACCGAAGUCACUUCAUUGGUUGGAAGGCUAGUGACCGAAGUCACUUCAUUAGUUUGGAGGCUAGUCUAAAAUGUCUCAAAUGGAGAAGACUGGGUGAUGACAAUGUCCAAUGGCCACUCACAAUUCUACACUUUAUCUGUGUGAAGGUGACUGACGAUAGACUGUAAUCUGGUUCAUCUCAGUCCAAGUCUCACUGAGUCAUGAAACUUUCAAAUGGAAUUUAAGACUACUGCAGAGGGCACCCCAACAUCAACUAUAGACUGUUUCUGUAUGGACAAUCUAGUUCCCGGUUCUCUGCAGUACUUCGAUUAGCCACCACUGAAACAGAGGAUUCAUAACUGAAAAAUUAACUGUGGCCGACAUUUUCCUUCCUUAUUGGCUGCUCAUUUACUACCUUUGUAGCCGAAUCUGAAUCAGGAUAAUUGUUUGGAAAUAUACCAGCCUUGGGUUAUCAAUGCAUAGUGGGAGUUGUAGCUUGAAAACUGCUGUGAAUCUGUGUUUUGCCCACCUCUAUCUAUUCCCUUUAAAGUAUUAUUGCAUUGAGCUUCUUGUCAAGUACUUUAAAUUUGUUAUAAAAACCAUUAAAUAUUCCAGCUUGAAAAAGUAAAAGUCUAAUUUCCAACAUUUAAUAAUCUAUUCAGCACAAAGCCCAAAGUUGCCGCAUUCUGAUGGUUAUAGUAAGACAUUGUAACCUACCAGAAUGACGUGUCCACUGUAAUUUCACUUUGAAUUCCUCAAGAUGUAUGUUCAGUGAUAAUCUAUACUAGAGAUGGCUUUAAUUAACUACACAUUCCUAACAUGCCACCAAGUUAUGUGUGCUCUGCAUGACGUCAAACUUGAGGGCAUCAAUAUAGAUCAAGUGGACCUAGUCACCGUUUUAAUAAAACCAUUUCUAUUCUGUGUAAUUAUAAGUGCUCUGAAAUACUCUUACAAUAUUGACAGAACAUUUUGAGCAAUAAUACCGGAGAGACUGGCUGAGUCACAUGACUUUGGGAAAAUUCUGGAGAUGUCAGGUCUGCAUUAACAAGAUUACAGCAUAGCCAGUGAUGGCUUGGUAUGUUGGCACUUUGCUACUGCAGACCAAUGAAUGAAUAGGCUAUUUGAAUGGAACAUUUUAAAAUGACAUUCCUGGCUGGAGUUGACAGUUCGUUUAUUUUUUAUACAACAAAAGAAUACAUUAAAAUAAAUAAUAUGUUCAAAUUCAAAGUUCCUUCAUUUGCUGCAAAUUCCCAUUCGGAGGAAAUCCUUCAGCUCUUAUUUAGCGUUCUUAGCACUUCUAAGCUUAUCACAAAAGCAGUGCUUUCUGGGCACCACAAGGGUUAGCUAAUGGUAACCUAACAUGGGCCCUAAAGUGGUGGUUCCUGAAGUAAUAACCCUCCGGUGUACCCAUUGAGUGGAGCAGGGAAUCUAGUUUAUAAAUACUGAUGUGCCCUCCAUUACACUGUAUAAAUUAAUGGGUAUUUAUGUGGGUGGUUUUUUUUAUUUUCUCUUGAAAAAUCAAUAUUAACCUGCAUGUCACAAAUGUUUGGUUGUGUUUCAUGUUUUUUAGUUAUGCUCUGGUUUCUGACCCUGCGGAUUGGUUGACCCUGGAUGCAGUUUCUGGAUGGAUACAUACUCGAUAUACACUAGAUCGGAAGUCCCAGUUCCUGCAAGGCGGAUGGUAUACAGCCCUGAUCACUGCAACGGACAAUGGUAAAAAAAACAUGAGCCUGGUCCCAUGAAGCCAAAUGUGAUCACAAGGGGCUCUAGUGAUGUUACUUAUGUGUGUUUUGUCAGUAUGUACCUAGUGAUCUUUCUUGUGCUUCCAAUAGAUUGAAAUGAGUGCGCAAGUGGGUUCGGUCAUGGCAGUGUAUUUAAAGUGACGCUCGUCACUAUAAUAGUGCUACAUCCACAUACCAAUGCAGCAGCAUUUUAAAUGUUAAUACUUGAGAGUUAUAGAGUUAGUUGGCUGAGAAUUCUGAGGACAUGAGUUUACAUUGCAGGGUACAUUCCUAUACCUGUAAUCUAUCCACUUCGCAGACCACCACUGCCUUUGCAGAAGUUUGGCAGUAUUCAGUUUGUUUCUUAAACUGCUCUAUCUAUAUUGUAAAGAUGGCAGUCCUUAUAAGCCAAGUAUAACAGCUCUGUGUUCUUGUGAAUGCAUUGCCUUAUUAAUGGCACUUGAGAUUUUAAAGCUAAACUUGUUAAAGCACAGUUGACAUUACAGGUGUGGGAUUAAUACCCAGUCCAAUAGCAUCUUUUCAAAUGCACAAUGUUUCUUACAGUUUAAUUUAUUUUGUAUGUCUGGGUACAGCCAGAGUAUACCAUGCAAAUUAACCUAUCUUACACAGUGCCAUGUAGGCAUAUGACAUUAUUGAAGUAAUGUCAGCCUACCCUGGACAUUAGAAUUUUAUUUUAACUACUCACCCAAGGAAGUGCUUCAAUACUGGAGUAUAAAAAAAUGACGGCUCUGCUUUAAAGCAAACGGUGAUCUAAUAUUUCCUGUUUUAUCCUCAUAGCUACACCCCCACGCAGUGCCACCGGCACCCUGUCUGUGGAAGUGCUGGAAGUGAAUGACCAUGCCCCCGUGCUGUGGCAGUACUCCAGGGAACUAUGUAACAAGCCACAACAGGGCAAUGGGGUCUUAAUAAGUGCGACCGAUGAAGACUUGCCACCCCAAGCCCACCCAUUCAUCUUCCAGCUGGAGCCAUCGUUCACCGAACUGACACUUAACUGGAGCAUCAGCCAUGUCAAUAGUAAGUAAUGAAUGCCAAGAGAACAGGAGCAAGGGCUUGGGAGCUCUUCACUUUUUGCUGCACCACAUCUGUUGUAGAAUCUAUAAGGGCAAGGACGACAGGUUUUCAUUUAAUCUUUAGAGCCAAAUAUUGUCAGUUUUCAUAAUGAGCAAUUUGCCAUUGGUAAAUACUGGGUUUUAAUGGAUGAAUCACUUUGGCAGUGCAAUGAAGGUGUAUUACGGUAAUAUUCUCCUUUCCAGGUACCCACGCUCUGUUGGAGCUUCUCUCUGAAGUGCAGGAAGGUGUUUACGUUCUGCCUUUGCUGGUGGCGGAUUCUGGAGAGCCGCCCUUGGCGCAACUACAGCUACUGAACAUCUCAGUGUGCCGGUGCGAUGCCCUGGGCUCCUGCCAAGGAACCGCAGCCGCUCUCUUUAACAGUGGGACAGGGAUCAGCCUCAGUGCUGUACUCAUUAUUCUGGGCAGCAUCGCCCUCCUUCUACGUGAGUAUAAAAACUAUAUAUAUAUUUUAUAAGCAUGUUGUUAGCGCCCUCUGAUGGUUAAUCUGUGUAACAUAAUUUAGGCCAGCAUCCCAUGUGGUGCACGGUUACACCACCUUGAUCCAGAGUUUAUAUCAAAUGUCAGCUUUUCUCUCAGUGCACUAAUGGUGUGAGAAAAAAAUACAGCAAUUAUCACUGACAUUAUGGCUAUGUCCAACUUAUGUUUGGGUGACUAAAUUUAAACAUUUAACACCUUCAUUACCAACCCUGCACAUUCACAGACGGGAUUUGUUUUGCCAUCAUUUUCUUUUGACUACGCUUACAUCUUCUGCCAGUCCUGAAGCUGGCAAACAACACAGUAUUAAUUCCAAGACCCAUUAAGUCACACCGAUUGUAGAUGUAAUGUUAUCUCAGAGAUAAUGGGCCCAGUGUAACAGCAUCAUAAAGUGUGAAUGGGAUGGAGGAUUCGAUUGCAUGCUCUUAGUAAUUUUUAGAACUGCUGCAUGUUAUAAAGAAUGUUUCCAAUGCAAUGUUCUAAAACUUGUACCGAUGAGAAAGUUCUCAUUACACAGAAAAUUGCCCCAUAAUUAUUUUUUUGUAGAUAAACCCAAUGAAGACCUUUAAUUUCCCUUUCUGCUGGCAUUUUUGGAAUCUACAUUUCCAAAUAUAUCCUCAAAAUCUUUAUAAAUACUCACAAGUAGAGUGAUUAAGAUAUUCUUUUUUUUUGUAUGAAUGUACAUAAAUGUAUUUUAGCCGUAAGCCACAGGUAGAAAUGUGCUAUGUGAACAUAGACUCUAAUAGUGAAAUCUGGUCCAGCUUGUUUUACUGUUUUCUGUUCUUCUAAAUGUUUCCUCCAUUAGUAACCCGAUUCCAGCCGAGUAAAGUAAAUGAAUAACAGGAGACAAAACUUGUUUAAAUAAAAUAAGCCAUUUUUAUAAUUUAAAAAGUAGUAACAAGUGUUCUCUUUGGAAACAGACACAUGGUUAUCUAGGAGACAUUUUUGUAAAACAAUCUGCACUUUUCUCAGAACUUGUAGUGUCUAAAAGCGUAACCCUCUAUUAUAGGAAAAUAAUCAUUGUAAUCCGUUUCUUUUACUGGUUUGUGGACAGAGUAACAAACACGAUCAUAAAUGGUAAAUAACCUCUUCCUGUGGUUAAAGCAGACCCAUCACCACAAUAAGAUUUUACAUUUAACAGCAGAAUGUAGCAUUAGAAUUUACAUUUUAAUAAUUUAUUUUAGUUAUUAUUUAUUUCUUGAUCAUGGUUUUUGUGGGAGUUAUGGGGCAUAAUGAACAAGGUCUUAAGACAUAAAAUCAUUGUCGGUUUUAGAAAAAGGUAGAAUAAUGAACCGGGCAAAAUUGACAUACAUAUAAAAGGUAGUGGGUGAGUGGUGGAGGCCUAUUGGAGAAGGUUUGACACCCAGAAUUAGAAUGACCAGUCUAAAUGUGUCCCAGAACCUCCUCCAGGUAUAGCUAUGGGUACCUACCGGAUAGUUAGUACACACUGCUGUUCUCAUGCCAUAUUGAUGGGACAGGCCUGCUCUCAUUGUAAAGUACUGACUCUUCAUGUUAAAGACAUCAUGCACCCAGUGUAGAUCUGUUUCUACAUUAAAAUAUCAUUCCCAUCCACAGUUUUGGCGCUGCUCCUGCUCCUAUUCCGUUGCGCCUCGAGUGGUCGUGGAGAAAAAGGUUUGCUGUCCGACUCAGAGGAUGAUGUACGGGACAAUAUAUUUAACUACAACGAGCAGGGAGGAGGAGAAGAGGAUCAGGUAUUUUAUUUUACCAGAGUUUAAAUGCUGGAGUAGUAGCCACACACAGGAAAUAAUCGAAUAGCAAUGCAUAUUUGUAUCAGAUGUGAUUUCUAAGCAUAAUCUAAUGUUGUACAUAUUUACCAUCAGUAGAGCUACAGAACCUGGCUAAUACUAUUUGUCUUGGACAUUCCAUAUCAGAAUACUGUCAUACAGCACCUUCUCCAUUCUCAUCAAGUUAUUCGGUAAAUUCAACACCGAACAUAACUAUGGGAUUAACAUUCACUACACUUCAGAGUCUGAUAGGGAGAAAAAUUAGGAAAAACUAAAAUCACUAUAUAUAAUUAAAAUAUUAAGCUAAAAGGAGAGCUUUUUUUAAAGCAGCUUUGCAGUAUUUCAUAUAGGUAUAAUCUUUAUAAAUGAAUGAUGCCGACUAUUUUGGAAUUUCAUUAAAAUUCGAACAAAAUCAAAAGAUGACAUAAGACAAAGUAUACACAGACUACUUUGUAUUAUGGUAAAGCCUGGGGUUCACCACUAACUUUUGUCCAAACCCAGCAGUCAUCACAAGACAUGGUCUGGCUCCUGUGGACUUGCAGGACACUCCAUUUAAAAAAAAUAAUUCUGGGAAGUGGUACUACCUGGGUUCAUUCCACUUUAGUUGCAAUUCACUCCUACCAAUAUGUUGGCAUUUUUUGAAGACUGAAUGUUAGCAAGUUACAUCCAAAUGUAAAAAUUCAAGCUACAGUACCCUAUAUGGAAAAACAUAAAUAUAAUCCCAAAUUGGUUAAUAUUAGCCUCAAUUUUCCCAUUAGGAUUUACUGACUAACCCUGACCAUGUGCUGCAGUGCUCUGUAUAUAAUGGAUGCUCUGUGUAACUGUACUUACUAUACGUUGGGAAAAAAAAUUGCGCGUAGUUUUUUGUACAUUAUGUAUAUGGCGAAAAUGUUUUUCAUUUUAGGUUUAGAUUUCUAAUGCAGCCUGACAGAUUGUAACACAAUUAUAUUGCCCAAAAAUGUUUGUAAAGUAUAAACAGAGGGAAAAAAUAAUACUUUUUUGUAAUUGAAAUAGCAGUUUUAUGUUGGCUCUAAAUAAUGUGCUAGUGUUUUGUAGUAAAUAUAUUUGGCAGUGAAAGGGUUAAAUUAGGUUUAUCAGAAGGCACCUAAAAUAAUAUCACCAUCAUGUUUGUGCUUAGACGACUGUUAUAUAAAACAGUUUUAGAAAUGGGCAGGGGGAAUAUUUGAAUUUGUCACUAUGCCUUUAUUUUGUCCCCUAUAUUAUAAAGGAUGCUUAUGACAUGAACAGGCUUAGGAACCCAACAAUGCCAGUGCCACCAUCUCCACGUCUGAAGCCCCCUAUCCGCAGAGACACCCCCUACAACCCGACACUGCCACGCUACCCCCGCAGACCCUCUGAACGUCCAUCUGACAUCGCAGACUUCAUCCAUGAUGUGAGUAUUUCUCGGUUUACUCUCGACCUACACCUCCGGUUCAUUUCUAGGUUAAAGAUACUAAACUUGCUGUUAUUUACAUGCAGGGGCUACAGGCAGCAGAUUCUGACCCCAGUGUCCCACCUUAUGACACAGCACUGAUUUAUGAUUAUGAAGGCGAGGGAUCAGUGGCCGGAACGCUUAGCUCCAUUUUGUCUAGUGAAGAGGACAGUGACCAGGAGUACGACUACCUGCAGGAUUGGGGCCCACGAUUCAACCGGCUGGCAGAUAUGUAUGGACACCAGUGAUUGUCAAACCAUUCCCAAAAGAAACCUCUGCAAGGACUUGGGACCUCCAUCUCACGUGUGUUUAGACUUAAACCAGAGACUGUAUGAGAGGUGGAAUGCCAAGGGACAUCGCAUGAAAGGUGAUUUGUUUACAGAACGGGUGACAUCAAUUGAUAACUGGACUUUAUGACCUAAUUGCUAUGCAUGUCAUUUUUAUGACAGUAGGGACCCCCCUUAACACAACAGUGACUUAGAAAGGAUGUUGCUGUAGGUUGUGGAUUCAGCACUAUCUAUUUAGAAAUACUUUGUUUACAGCCUGACAAACAACCUUAUAUGAUUUAAAGCAACACUUACUAGUAGGGACCACAGUGUGACUCCAUCAGCUGUAAAAUAACUCAUAUCUCUUAAAACAAAUGCAGUAGAUUUAUUGCUACAUUAGACAGAUCUAUGCAACACUAGACUUUUCCCUGGAGAGAAAUCCAACUUCUCCAUUUCUCCCCAAUGUUGAGGGCAAUGGGUCCAAGUUGGUGUAAGGCAACAUUAUAAAGAAAUACGUAUUGAGUAUUUGGGAUGCAGUAUUUGGCAAUCAGAUCACGUGCUGCCAAUAGCAUCACCUAGUGGCAGGAAUGUUGAGUUUAGGACUGAAAAUGCACUGUAAGGUGGUGCGAGAUGGUAAAUGUAAAGAAUGGUUAUGGAAUAGGUACUAGUAAAAAAGUGGCAGUGCAUUGUUAAAUACUGCAUGAUUGGGAAUAUAUCCUGAGGAAUAAAGCUUUUUUUUUUUUUAACAAAUCCAUUUAUAAGUACAAUAAAAUUCUUGUGCUCCUUAAAAGUACCGUACUGCCCAAGGCCUAUCAAAGCAGGAUAUUGCACACAACUCAGGUUCAAUGUUCAGCUUCAAGAGCAACUAAUCCUCUGGGUGCACAUGUUUGGCCAUGUUCAAGAAGCCUGUGCAUUGUUUCUGAGCCACGCUCUUUAGUCUUUGGUCAAAGCUUGGUUUUCCUUUCCUUUUUUGGUGGCCACUCUGUCCCUUGUGAUCAUUUUCUUGGUUGAACUUGCUAGACGGGCAUAGCUAUCAGGGUUGUAGUCAGUGCGGGCCUUGUUGCUAUGACGAAGAAGGGGCACUGAGUCUUGUUUUGGGUGUAUGAUAAGUGGUGGUCGUCGAAGGCUGUCUCCUUGCCGUAGAGUUUCAGGCAGACUCUUCCUCUUGGUCUCGGGUAAUAGGAGGAUGCUGAGUACAGAGAUAAUACAGAACGAGGAGAGGACAACGUGGUGCAAGAAGAAGCCGGCUUUCUGCUGGAGCUCCAUGAUGGGAUAUGCAGCCCGACCCACCAUACUGAGUCCUAUUAUAAAACCCAGGCCGGAGCCCCUGAAAGAAGACAACAAAAGGUGACCAUGUGAGUGAGCUACUUAAAUACUACGGGAGACAGAAAGUGGUAAGGAAUGACAUUGGGAAGAAGGAUGUUGGCCUUACUCACCGGAGAACUGUUGGAAGAACUUCACUUGCAUAAAAGAUGCUCAGCAUUACCACCGCAUGGGCACAGAGAAACCCGAGCACAGAUAUGGCCACUGUCGCUCCAAUGAAGAGAUCUGAGACAGAGAAGAGAGACAGAGGGGGAUGUGAAAAAGACCGGAAGAAGAGAAGUGAUUGAGAACAUAACAUGAGAGACUAUGCUAGUCAUACACUGGGUCAGAGCAAGGAGCAGGAGAGAGCAGAAUCCCGUCAAGAUGGUGCAGAGAAAAAGAACUGAGCGACGGCCCCAGAGGUUCACGGUGAUGCAGAGCAGGAUGCAGGCGAGAAUCUCACUUCCAGCUUGUAGGAAAUAAGGAAUAUAGGGACCAAGUGUCUGCAGGUUCCUCACAAAGCAAGGUCUGAUUCCACAACCGAUAAACCUGGGGAUAAAGCAAAGAAUGAGAGGACACAACUGAGUUUUAAAUCAGUCAGCAUUAUUUUUUAAAUAGGAUGAUUUUAGUAGUUUGAGGGGAAAAUCUGCAUAUUGGACUAAAUAAGAUUUUUUUUUUUUUUUUUUAUGUAACAACAGGACCCAGCACCAACUGGGGGUUUAUUCCACACAAAGAAAAGGCAAUGUUUUGGGGUUCAAAGGAGCCAUUAUUAAGUCAUCCUUUCAGCCAAAACACAUUUUAUAAAUUAACCUUGUUACACCCCCUGGCUGUCAGACAAGCAGUCCUGUUACUUAAUUUGUUCAGUGGAGCUAAACUCAAGAGGCAGCAAUUGCUUAGAGCACCUGCCUUGCAAAGACUUCUCACUGAGCUGCAUUGGGAAGUCUGUGAUUGGACAGUCACAGAAAGUCUGGGCGGGGUUAGAAGGGGAGGGCUUGCAAAGGCUGCAGACAUGAGAUCUGCAGAUUUUACAAGCGGUUUCUAGAUAUACCACCAUAAUUACAUACAUGCAUGCAUGUUUUCAUUGGGGGAAUAUAUAUACUAACUUAUUGGGGGGGGGGGCUCUUCCUUUUAUUGUAUUUAGGCCGUGGAGUGUCCCUUUAAAUAAAUAUUUUUAUCUUCGACAUGCCUUCCCUUUUCAUAGGAUGUUUCCCUAAUUGGAAAUACAUACACAGUUCAUUCAAUGAUAGAUCAGUGCUAACAUGACUCCACCUCACAGCCCAUCAAUGUCCUCUGAAAGUUGACUUCACAACAAGAAGAGGUCAGUGGCUGGCAAUGGGGUGGAGGCAUUUCAGCAUUUUAACUUACACUGAUCUCUGACUGGCUGAGCUGUACACUUCCAGUUAGGAAGACAUUUUGUGAAAGGGGGUGGUGAAUUUAAGGGGGUAUUGUUAAUCUGCACCAAGCUGCUCCCUCAUUUUUGUAUUUUUAAGGGAGAUCUAAACAGCAUGAAUACGCCAUGCUGCUCAGUGUUCCUAUAAUACACUUUGCAGUGUCACCAAAUUAAUACAAGUUUCUCGUGCCAUUCCUCAGUACAUACUAUAGAUAUCCCAACUUCUAUGCAGGCCAGUCAGUCAUCUGUUAUAGCAGGACUGUAUUCUAGGAUCCCGCGUAACUCACAUGUUAACACGAGGAGACAUUGUUUUCAUGGGAAACCAGUGUUAUUCACACAAAAAAAAAACAAUGAAUGAAAAAUAACCAAGCCGUGGCCAUCGCAGAGUUGGAGAAUGUUUCUAAAUCUGCACUUUUUGUCAAUUUCUGGCUCUGGUUUAACGUUCAUUGCAGUUUCACUAGUGAUAGCACAGGCAGAAAUCCUCUAGUGAGCUAGCUUCAAGAACUCAGUUUGAAGUUACUGCCAGGUUUAUAUAUCUAAAAAUGUUACUGGUUUGUUUUCUGGAGAUUUUGUGGGAUUUCCAAACUCUCUGAAUCCCUUUUGCCAAACACUUUGAACACUUGGAACGUUUCCAGUCUGGAGCUACAGGAUACAUUGUGUUAAUCAGCUUAAACAUUUACAGUAUGUGUUUUCUUUGAAACAGAUUUUCAUACAUAUUCAAUACGGUGUAAAAUACCUUAAAUACUCAAUAAUAAAAUGUACAUAUUUUCAUAUUUUUUCUGUUUUUUUUUGUGUUUUGAUAUUUUUUUUCUGAGAAUUGCAAUAAGUGUUUUGUCUUUUUUAAAAAUAAAUACAUUUUAAAAAUAUCAGGCUAACCUUUCAUUAGUAAACUGGUGGUUAUGAAAAGCUUAUCACACAUUAACGGCACAGAGUCCACGUGGACAGGUAUAAAUGACUUGCUAUAACUGGAUAUAAAUAGCUACAGAAAUAGAACACAAUGUGUACAGCGUAGAGCAGUAGGUUUUAAUCCCUGGGUUGAGACUCAUAAUUAGUUAUAGCCUAAUCAGGUCCCAGGGAACUUCG